UGAUAUGUGUGCGAGUGGAACUGCAGUUCACGAACAACAACCCCAUAAAAAACUAUUCGCGUUUUCGCCGAAACUCGUAAAGCUCUUUCUACGAUUUAUUAUAAUCUCCCCGAUCCUUUUUUUUUUUUUUUAAAGUCACGGUUUUAUUGUGCAACAAUGGAAAAAUAAACGCAUUCGUGCUUGGGACUACAGUGAAUAGGUCUUUCCGGAGUCCCCGCUCUUCUUCACUUCCUGGUCGCGCCGACGUCACCUACGUCUUCCUCUUGCCGUCCUGUUGCGCUUUACAGCUGGUCCUGGGCUGCGGAUAGCGUGAAAACGCUUUCAUUCGUUCCUAUGCAGAGAACAGCACGAAGAGUAUAAGUACUCCGCACAGCAUCAGCUGUAGGAAGGAGGGUGACAAACAUGUCUUUACUCCUUGUCCACCCAUUCGGGGAGCUGCCGCCGGACAACUCUGUCAACACCAAACUCUUCCUGGAUACCGUGUCGCACCUACCGUCCUUCUUCGAUUGUUUAGGCUCCAAAGUGUUCUCACUCAUCAAGUCAGACAUUAAUGGCAACAUCACGAAAAUUAAAGAAGUCUAUGUGAAGGACCCACAAAGGUACGUCACCCUGCAGCACAUCCUAGAGGCCGAGCGGCGAGACCUGGCGGAUGAGUGGCCCAAAGUGGGAGCCACGCUGGCCCUCAUGUGGCUUAAGAGGGGUCUUCGUUUCAUCCAAGUCUUGCUGCAGAGUUUGGCAGAUGGUGAACAAGAUCCAAACCAGCCCAACCUCAUUCGUGUCAACAUCACCAAAGCUUAUGAGCAGGCACUCAAAAGAUACCACGGGUGGUUUGUGCAGAAGAUUUUCAAUACGGCACUGUACGCAGCUCCUUACAGGUCCAACUUCCUCAAAGCGCUUUCGAAAGGAGAUGACGUGAAAGAGGAAGAGUGCCUCGAAAAUGUGCGUCGCUUCCUGGUCAACUACACCCCCACCAUCGAUGCCAUCUAUGAGAUGUACGCGCGCCUCGACGCGGAGCUGGACUACAAAGUUUGAUGGCACGGCAUUACUUAUGGAGCUUUCAUGUGUGCGCCCCAUUUAUUUAAUAUUGUGUGCCUUAUGAUGCAGUGCAAUUACGCUACUUGCCCCUUUCUCGAAUUUGCAUAUUUAUCACACAAAAAGGUUUCAGUUCAUCAAAUGACAACACAAGCAAAAAACACCCAAAAAAAAUCCAUUCCUACACUGCUAGUAUUGGCACCUCUGCAAUUCUGUCAGAUAAUGCUCAAUUUCUUCCAGAAAAUGAAUGCCAUUCCAAAUGCUUUGGUCGUCAUAUCUUCAUUUAUUUUGCCCGCGAUGAAAAACCACAAAAAAUUAAAAUAAAAAAAUAAAUCAAUUUACGGACAGAAUAUCGUUAGCCUCAUAGGCUAAGUCGGAUUACACCGGUUUUAGAAAACAAAAAACAUUUGUCUGUAAACCAGUUGGCAUUUUAUAUUAAUAUUGUUUUGAUUUCUAAAAAGUAGGGCUGUCAAACGAUUAAAAUCCUUAAUCGAGUUAAUUACAGCUUAAAAAUUAAUGAAUCGUAAUUAAUCGCAAUUCAAACCAUCUAUAAAAUAUGCCAUAUUUUUCUGUAAAUUAUUGUUGGAAUGGAAAGAUAAGACACAAGACUAGUGCUGCAACAAUCGAUUAACUCAAGUAUUCAAUUGGAAAAAAAUAUUCGAAUGAAAUUUUGUUGCUUUGAGUAUUAGUUUAAUUAAAUUGGCUUUGUAAUGGUUUAUUUUGAAAGUGUUUGCAUUUAGUUUUACUGAUUAGGCCCUCUGGUCUGCCUCUUUUCACAUGGCUGAAUCCAACUGCUCCCCGUUAAGAGCAACGUAAGCUAAGUUUUGUUUGAGCUAUUUUUUUUUUUUUUUUUUUAAUAGAUUCAUAAUUUAGUUAAUAGGUAUAUUUAGCCAUUUUUUUGGGUGGGAAUAUGUGUCUGAACCAUUUGUUUCGAGCAUUGUAAAAAAAAACGAGCAUUUUAUAGCAUUUAAGCGAGCUGACUUUUUCUAUGUAAGUUAGCCAAUUGUUCUUUUGAUGUACAUAGAUGCUCAUUUUUUGAAAAAAAUUAUACCGUUUGAGGCUCAGCUCAGGUAUUUUAAUUUUUUAUGUUCCUUAUCCGAUUACUCAAUUAUUCGAACUAACUAGUGCAUCGAUUAAUCAACUACUAAAAUAUUCGAUAGCUGCAGCCCUACACAAGACGGAUAAAUACAUUCAACAUACGGUACAUAAGUACUGUAUUUGUUCAUUAUAAUAAUAAAUCAACAAUAUGGCAUUAACAUUAAUAACAUUCGCUUAAAGCGAUCCAUGGAUAGAAAGACUUGUAGUUCUUAAAAGAUGAAUGUUAGUACAAGUUAUAGAAAUUUUAUAUUAAAACCCCUCUUAAUGUUUUCGUUUUAUUAAAAUUUUCAAUCAAAAAAUAAACGAGUAGCUCGCCAUUGUUGAUGUCAAUAAUUACACCAUGCUUACUCAUUUUGCUGAAACCCAUAAAAUCAUUUGAACCCAAGCGCCAGCAGAGGGCGCCAAACACCAAAAAAACAAGUAACAAGCGGACAUUACACAUUUUACUCUGUUUGAGCGGGGCAUGUGCGUUAAUUGCAUCAAAUAUUUUAACGUGAUUAAUUUAAAAAAUUAAUUACCGCCCGUUAACGCGAUAAUUUUGACAGCCCUACUAAAAAGUGUUGUGAUUGGCCAAGGAAAUAAACAGGGAUUAUCACCAAAAAAAAUGACUGUAGUCCCCGGGUUACGAAUGAGUUCCGCUCCUACACUGGUGACGUAACCCUAAUUUCUGCGUAAAUCAGAGUUAACCCUUUAAAUCUCAAAAAAAAAAAAAAAAAAAAAUCCAAAAUGUCCAAAAGUAUUUUUUUAAUGAUAGAGGAAACACUGCCCUCUGGUGGCAGCAUUCGGUCUGGGUGGACUGACAGAGGACCUUACACACACAUCUGACAUGGAUAAAAGCUGCGCUAUGGUUUGGCCCACAUUAGGCUGUAAAUUGCUUCAGCUAAUAUAUGUUUGUUGAUGCAUUUGUAAUUAGAGCAAUUUGCUCUGAGAAUUGUAAAUACGUUAGCAUUCAUAGCAUUUAAGAUAGUGGUCUUUUGCCAGGCAAAUUGAAUCUACUAAAUUUACAUAUUGAUGAGAAUAGAUGGACGUUUGAACACUAAUUGUUUUGUGUCAUGUGUUUUCUUGUUAAAAUGCGUGUCAUUUUGAACAGACAUGUACAUAUGUGUGGUAAAGCUUUACAAAUUGUCAAAAGUGUAGGAGGUAGAAAGCAAAAACUGCUAUGCUGUAAAACUGAAAAACUUCACAUUUAGUGAGGAAAGAACACGUCAUAUUAAUAAGGUAAAGUAAGAAGAUCAUGUGAGGUACAAUAAGGUACUGUUAAUGUGACCCAAAAAAAUGGAGAAAAAAAUGGCGGACGAGACUCAAGCGUCAUAAAGGCGAAAUCGCAUAAGUCGGAUACGUCGUAACACAGGGACGACCUGUACAUGUUAAACUGCUGGCAAAAAGUAUUGGCAUCCCUGCAAUUUUGUCAGAUCAUGCUCAAUUUCUCCCAAAAAAAUGAUCACAACUACAAAUGCUUUGGUAGUAAUAUCUUCAUUUAUUUUGCUUUAACGAAAAAACGAGAAUCGGAAAAAAAAUUAAAUUAUCCUUUUAGACAAAACUCCGGACAAAAGCAUUGGCACCCUUUGAAAAAUCAUGCGAUGCUUCUCUAAUUUGUGUAAUUAACAGCACCUGUUACUUACCUGUGGCGCAUAACAGUGGUGGCAAUAACUAAAUCGCACUUUCAGCCAGUUAAAAUGGAUUAAAGUUACCUCAACCUCUUUCCUGUGUACUUGUGUGUACCACAUUGAGCAUGGAGAAAAGAAACAAGACCAAAGAACUGUCUGAGGAUUUGACAAGCAAAAUUGCGAGGAAGCAAUCUCAAGGCUACAAGUCCAUCUCCAAAGACCUGAAUGUUCCUGUGUCUACCGUGCGCACUGUCAUCAAUAAGUGUAAAGCCCAUGGCAUUUUGGCUAACCUACCUAGAUGUGGAUGGAAAAGAAAAAUUGACAAGAGAAUUAAACGAAAGAUUGUGUGGAUGGUGGAUAAAGAACCUCGACUAACAUCCAAACACGUUCAAGCUGUCCCGCAGUCCGAGGGUACGACAGUGUCAACCCGUACUAUCCGUCAGCGUUUGAAUGAAAAGGGAUUCUAUGGUAGGAUACCCUGGAAGACCUCACUUCUGACCCAGAGACAUAAAAAAGCCAGGCUGGAGUUUGCCAAAACUUACCUGAGAAAGCCAAAAAGAGCUUUUUGGGAAAAGGCAUCAACAUAGAGUUUACAGGGGAAAGGAAAAAUGAGGCCUUCAAAGAAAAGAACACAGUCCCCACAGUCAAACAUGGCGGAGGUUCCCUGAUGUUUUGGGGUUGCGCCGCUGCCUCUGGCACUGGACUGCUUGACCGUGUUCAUGGCAUUAUGAAGUCUGAAGACUAACAACAAAUUUUGCAGCAUAAUGUAGGGCCCAGUGUGAGAAAGCUGGGUCUCCCUCAGAGGUCAUGGGUCUUCCAGCACGACAAUGACCCAAAACACCCUUCAAAAACCACUAGAAAAUGGUUUGAGAGGAAUGAGUCCAGACCUGAAUCGCAUAGAGACGUGGAGAGAUCUGAAAAUGGCACCCUUCAAAUCUAAGAGACCUGGAGCAGUUGGCAAAAGAAUGGUCUAAAAUUGUAAUAAUCUCAUUGAUGGAUACUGGAACUGGUUGUUCGCAGUUAUUUUGUCCAAAGCAGGGGUCCUCAAACUACGGCCCGCGGGCCGAAUACGGCCCGCCUCCACAUUAGGUCCGGCCCCCAGAACAAUUUUUUUUUUUUUUUAAUUGUGUUAUUUAUUUUCUGAGUUUUUCUGUGAAGACCCCAGAGAGGGUUAUUUGGUUAUUAUCUAUUUGAUUAAUAGUGUUAUAAUAUAUUUAUAUUUAGGGCUGUCAAAGGAUUACAAUUUUUAAUCAUGUUAAUCACAGCUUAAAAAUAAUCGUAAUUAAUCGCAAUUCAAACCAUCUAUAAAAUAUGCCAUAUUUUUCUGUAAAUUAUUGUUGGAAUGGAAAGAUAAGACACAGGACGGAUAUAUACGUUCAACAUAAGGUACAUACAGUAAGUAAUGUAUUUGUUUAUUAUAACAAUCAACAAGAUGGCAUUAACAUUAUUAACAUUCUGUUAGUUAUCCAUGGAUAGAAAGAAUUGUAGUUCUGAAAAGAUAAAUGUUAGUACAAGUUAUAGAAAUUUUAUAUUAAAAACCCUCUUAAUAAAAUUUGUAAAAUUUUCAAACAAAAAAAUAAACUAGUAGCUCGCCAUUGUUGAUGUCAAUAAUUACACAAUGCUGAUGGUGCUGAAACCCAUAAAAUCAGUCGCACCCAAGCGCCAGCAAAGUGCGACAAAACACCCAAAAACACAAGUAACAAAUGGACAUGACACUGUGCUGUCAUUUUAAUCUGUUUGAUUGGGGCAUGUCCGUUAAAUGCAUCAAAUAUUUUAACGUGAAUAAUUUUAAAAAUUAAUUACCGCCCGUUAACGCGAUAAUUUUGACAGCCCUAGUUAUAUUCUAUUGUAUUAUUAUAUUAUGUUUUAUUUUUAGUAAUUUUAUUUACUUUUGUUCUGUGAAGAAUCCAGCAAGGGUUAUUUGAUUGUGGCUUUCUGAAAAACAAUACAUUUUUACAUUUAGGCACUCCUGCAGUCGUCACACUUUUUUUUGUUUAAAACUGACCAGAGAAGGGAAAAGUUAUGUGGCCCUCACAGGAAAAAGUUUGGGGACCCCUGGUCUAAAGGUUGUGCUACCAGGUAUUAAGCUGAGGGUGCUAAUACUUUUGUCCAGGCCAUUUUUGGAAUUUUGUGUAAAUUGAUAUAGAUUUUUAAAAAAAAACAUUCUCUUUUGUGUUUUUUCAUUGCAAGCCAAAUAAAUGAAGAUAUUACUACCAAACCAUUUGUAAUCGCAAUCAUUUUCUGAAAGAAAUUGAGCAUUAUCUGACAAAAUUGCAAUGGUGCCAAUACUUUUGGCCAGCACUGUAUGAGGCUAAUUAUAUAUAAUUUUGUUUUGUGCUAAGUAAUCAUCCAGCAUUAAAUUUAACUCGUAGCAUUAGCAUAGCGUUAGCAUUAGGGUUGCCAAAUAGAGGCAAAAGUACAGUAUGGCUGGUACUUGCAACUCCCAGAGUUUCGGGAACGUAACAUCGCUGCUCUGACAUUGGCUAUUGCCUAGUAUUUCCUGCAUUCCAAUUGGCUAAGAGGGACCAAAACUGUAUGUGUGCAUCUUCGUCAUUCGCCCAUCAUGUUCCGACAGCUUUACAUGAGUGUAUUUUAUUCUUUCAUUGCAUUAUGCACAACUCUGACUUUGUUUAUUGUGCAAUAACCAAAUUGUAACAUGUAUUUGUUACAUGUUUCGAUCCAUUUUUAUGUCUGAAUUUUGGAGGGCUUGGAAGCAAUUAGGGCAUUGACAUGGAAAAACACGUCUCUUCUUACAGAAUUUUCAAGUUACGACUAUACUUCCAGAAGCAAUUAAUUUUGUAAGUAAGGGUACCACUGUAUCUUGUUCAUUUGAGAUUGUUGGAAAACCUUUAUUUCGGACUAAAACCUGUCAAACUCUCGCAGACAAAAACAUUUUCGGCAUUCAUCGAUUAAAACUCGAAGACUAGCGCAUUUUGAAGUGACUUUUAAAUAUGUCUGGGACGUGGGGUGCCCAAGUCUGGUCCUUGAGAGCCCCUAUCCAGCUUGUUUUCCAUGUCUUUUACCUUUAACACAACUGGAUCAAAUGAUCAGGUCAUCAGCAAACUGAUUGCCCCCUUGCAUUCUACAUUUCCUUGGGUUUUCGCUGUGUAAUAUUAGCAUUUGUUUGUUGAACUGAAACCUUUGUGUGUGAUAAAUAUGAAGAAAAAAAAUUCAUGAAGAGGGCAGAUACUUUAUAAUCUGUGAAGCCUUAUGAUGAAGUGAAUCUUAAUUUUUAACGCAGUCACGAUGCUGCAUUUCAACCUUAUUUCAUAAUAAAUAAGACUGGUGCCUUAAUGUAACUGGACCUAAAAUGUGUGGAAAUUGUAUUCAAAAAUUACUCAACCCCCACUUUAGUAUUUGUAGUAUGUCAUAC